GGUGACUUCACCCACACAGCGCACCGCACAGGGCAGUAGCCUAGGCGAUGACCGUACCCAGCAAUUCAGCAGCAUUGCAUUUUACUGUACUUUUCAAUGUAGGAAUAAUGAAUAGCCUACAGAAGUUUGGAUAAUAAAUACAGAACUCUGACCGAUUGUUGACCUUGGCAUGGCGCGGUGACAUGGAAGGGACAAAAGCGCACAUCGCUGCAGGGGCUGGAACUGCUGCUGGUUCAGCCGUGAGAGAGACGGACACGACCGGGGGAAUCGCCGGCUUCGGAUAAUUAUGCUGCUGCUGCAACGACAACUGAAGGCACCCGUCAACCGAAGGCUGUCAUCAUUUUGUGUUUGUUUGUCACUGGACGUUGAGAAAUGUGGAAUGGCGCGUUCGGAAAUGGGUCAGGUUUGCGUAGUGGAGGGGGGGGCGGUGGCGGGUACGUGCCAGCGCAGGGCUGGGAAUUCGUUCCCUGCUCCCGGGUGGAAAGAGAACGAGAGAGGGGCAGGGGGAAGAGUCGCAGCCCGCUCAGGACCUUCUCCUCCCCGCCCACAGUCACUCAGUUCUACGAACAGUCUCAUUCUGGAACUGUUGGAACAUCACUGGAGCUUCCUCGGGGGCAAGUUCGGGCGCAUGAGCCAGGGACUCAUCACUCUCGCCUGAAAAAGAAAUUUGAGGGCUUAAAGAAACGCCACGGACAGGACAAGGAAGAAUGGAUACAAGAGAAGGAGAUACUUUUAAGACAAGUUGCUGAGAUACAAGGUGGGGAGAACAGAAGGAUUUUGUUGGAUCUGAAGACAGUAGUGGAGGAGGUGCAGCUAGAGGUGAAGAGAGAGGAGUCUAAGAGGAGUGAACUACAGCUGCAGUACACUAAGGACACAUGUGCAUGGGAACUGGAGAGAGCUGAGCUGAAAUGCAGAAUCGCACAGUUGGAGGCUAGAGGAGGUCCUGGCGUGGAGGUGGGGCUGAGAACUCAGAGUCCAGAGCCCAGGGAGAGUCCUCUACAGCAGGGGGACAGAGAGCAGCAGAGGAGGCUGCUGGUUGACACCCACACGGCCGCCAUGGACGUACGCUGCCGGCUGGAGCUCAGCGAGAAGGGCUGGGUCCAGGAGAAGUCUGAACUGCUGGAGAGAUUCAACUCUGAGAGGAAGGAGUGGGAGAGCCAGCUGAGAGACAUGCAGAGGAAGAUCGAGGAGCUGUACAACGAUGUGAAGGUGAGGCAUGAGGUAGCGGGGGAGAUGAGAGAACCUGUCGGAGAGAUUACAGAGGAAGUCACCCUGAGUGUCAGCGUAAAUUCCACCAGCACAGGAUCCAGCAUGCUUAGCGACCACUCGACCUCCGACCCCCAAAGCAGCAGUAGCCAAUCAGAGCCCACCAACCAACACAACUCUCACCCCCGUCGUCACGGCAACGAUGAACUCGCCGCCCACAGAAACCAGGUGGAUCAACGAGACCCCCGUAACUAUGAUGACUGUGUUGGUAACCAGGAAGUGGACGUGUCAGAACUGGAGGCCAUCCUGCGAGGGGUGAUGGGGCGGGGAUUUGACAGAGACUCUCCCUCUAAAGGGGGUAUGGUUAAUGUCCACCACGCCUCCCACGGUGGACCUAGUGUAGGACUAACCCACAACACAGAGAUGAACUACAGACCUCACAGUGGACCUAGUGUAGAACUAACCCACAACACAGAGAUGAACAACAGACCUCACAGUGGACCUAGUGUAGGACUAACCCACAACACAGAGGUGAGCUAUGGGACAUGGAGUGACAAGAAGAAGAAUACUACUGCCCUCAACGCCGCCCUGAAGGAGAUAGCCCGUGUGAGUGAGGAGCUGUGUAGCUACCAGGAUGAGAUCAGGAGGAAGUCAGGAGGGGACAAGAGGGGUCGAACCGAGUCCAUGUAUUUCCCCGAGGUGGACCAUGUUAAGACCAGAGAGAGAAUGGAGGACCCUGCCUUCAACCUGACCCAACUGGUGGCUGACCUCCGGGCCCUGGAAGAGGAGAACUGGCUGUCCAUCAGGAACGACCCCACCAGGGGCCCCAGUCACCUCAAGGACCCCACCACCAAGCCCCCUGAGAGGGAGAGAGAAGCACCUCUGCUCCCCCCUCUGCUGGUUCCUCCUCCUAUCCCUCCUCGGACAACAUCAUGGUACCUCGCCAGCCCCUCUCCUCCGGCUCACGACCACGAACUACAACAACUACAUGUCCCAGAAUCCCUCAGUGGCUCAGGCAGGAAGUGCCACAGCCCCUGUCUCCUGGUAGACAGGAAGUGCAGCAGCAGCCCAUCGAUAGUGAGGAAGUUCGAGGCGAUGCUGCAGGAGAAUGAGGGAAAAGUUCUGACGGAGGCAGGGUUUACCACCUGCGCUGUUCCCGCUAACUCCCACUGCAACGUGGGCUGCUGCCACAAUAGCUGGUCCUGCGACGGGAGCCGCUUCGGCAGCAGCAAGUCGUCCACCUACGUGCCUGUCCAGAAGAGCCUGUCUGAAGUCAACAUCGUGAGUGCUGCUGGGAGAGACUUUAGCCACGACUACAGGCCUGUUGACAACCCUAGAAGCCCUAAAAGCCCAGAGAGAGAGAGUCUUCUACAACCUGUAAAGAAAGGCUUAACAGUUUCAGACAUCUUUGUUGGCGUUAGCUUAGAGUUACCCCCUCCAGACUCCAACCCUCCAGGUCACAGUAGGAAUAAGAUGCUGGAACAGGCCACUGCUGAGUUUAACAGGACUCUCUUCCAGGCUGAGAUGGGUCGAGGGAUCGAGGACGAGGAGGACAGUUUUAUCUCAGCAGGUGUCUCUAAGGGGGACAUACCAGAUGGUACGGCGGUAUGUGGCGAGGUCACACACGGGGUCACCAGGGAGAUGAACUUUGACCUCCCGCCACGGCACACCCCAGAGGUCAGACAGAAGGAGGUGACCUGUGACAUCACAGCUCAGAGGUUGAGUUCAGAGGUCAAACUGAGCCAGGCCCUGCCCCCGUCUGACCUCCACCCAGGGGUCACCGUCAGGAUCUUUGACCCCCCUGCCACCUCUGACCUUUCACCCCAACACCCAAAAGUUACGUUUAGGAACAUGCCCUCUAACCCCGCCACACGCUGCCCAGAGGUCAAACACAAAGCUGGACCCCCCAACAGCCCAUCUAAGCCCAAACUACACAGGUCCCUCUCUAGUGAAUACAAUCAGCCUGCCCAGACUACACAGACGGCUCCAGGACCAGGGGUGAGUGCCAGUCCCAAGAGGGACAACAAGGCCCAAGGAGAGAGGCCUCAUUCAGUUAAGUCAUGCCCAGCACCCCAGCCUCCUACAAACCCCAGGCCAAGGCAGGUUGGGCAGCCUGGGGGUCACCAAACCACAACGCAGGGCACCCCUAAACCUGGAGCUGGGGGGCCAGGACUCCGUGUACCUGGUGUGAUGAGCGACCACCCCUGGAAGCCCCUGACCCUGGCUGCUUUACGGCCGGCCGAGUCCAGGUCUAAUUACGGCGCUGUGGAGAGGAUCCUGAAGAGCUAUGAGAACACUGCCUGGAGCCAGCGGUACCAGCACCAUGCCCAACCCACUGAGUCUAGCCCUAACCCUAACCCUGGACCCAGCCAUGGUCCUAACCCUAACCCUGGCUUCAGCCCCAGUCUCAGCCCUAACCCCAACCCCGGCCUCAACCUCCUGAUCCCCAGCCCUAGCCUCCUCCGGCCUACUCCCAGUCACAGCCCUGGUCCUAGCCCCAGACAGGAGGAGGAUCUCAAGGAUCUUCUGGAGGAGGUGAUGGAUUACAGGGAUCACCCAGGCCCUGCCUCUGGACACUCCCACCAAAGCCAGCUGACCAGCUCCCACAGAGAGACAAGGCUAACCAUGCAGGAGUGCAAAGAGUCUUCCAGCUCCUCAUCAGUUCAGAAGAUUUUCUCUCGUCCGGCCCGUCCAGCCAACCGCCGCCCCCCGUCUCGCUGGGCUAGUUGCUCCUCCACCUCCUCCUCCACCUCCUCCUCCACCUCCUCCACCCCUAUCAACCACCCCUCUUCCGGCUCCGCCCACAAACACACCUCAUUCUCCUACUCAGCCUAUCACACAGAGACAGUCAUCAUCUGACCCCCAGUUGACCCUGUGUCUGAACCAAUAAGAUGCCUUCGUUGCUUUACGUACUCUGACGGUCCUUUCUCAAUUCAUCCUUCCUUGAUUCCUUCACAUCGAAGGCCCGAGCCGAGGGACCUUGGACCCUGAUGAAUUGAGAUAGAACCUGACUCAAACCUGCCUCUUCCUCCAGCACCUCUGUACUUACCAAGACUGUUAUUUCUACUACCGACCAGACUAUCAAGAGCUUUAGCUGUGGACAAUGUUGAGUUAGUUCACCAGUCAUCUUUAGAAUGUAUCUCAUCAACCAGUGGAGGAGACAUUUUAAAUCUACUCUACAAUAGAUUCUACUAUAGAUUCUACUAUAGAUACUCCAGGAUCCCCAAUGCUGACUGUACCUCUGUGACUUAGUGUGUUGUGUCCCAAAGGGCACCCUAUUCCCUAUAUAGUGCACUACUUUUGACCAGAGCCUGGUAGUGCACUAUGUAGGGAAUAGGGUGCCAUUUGGGCCACAGUUAUACUCAACACCAUUCACUUUACAUACUCAUCUUUACGCUCUUCAAUUUACAUGUUGCAUAAUAAUUACAGUAUUACAGAAUAAUGUUUGUUAUUCUUUACCUUAUAAUAUCAUAUAUCAGAUGGAUUACAUAAACAGUCCUGUUUCUUAAUAUUUACCAAAGGUGUUGUCUACAACUUCUCUUCAGUAAUGACCGACAAGUUUCUAUGGUUUUAUUUGACUGUACAUCGCUGGCUGUUGUCAAGCGGGAUAGCUGGCUAGCUCCUGGCGUUAGUGCUCCCUGUUGUCAAGCGGGAUAGCUAGCUAGCUCCUGGCGUUAGCGCUCCAUGUUUUCAAGCCAGAUAGCUGGCUAGCUCCUGGCGUUAGCGCUCCAUGUUUUCAAGCCAGAUAGCUGGCUAGCUCCUGACGUUAGCGCUCCCUGUUGUCAAGCGGGAUAGCUGGCUAGCUCCUGGCGUUAGCGCUCCCUGUUGUCAAGCGGGAUAGCUGGCUAGCUCCUGGCGUUAGCGCUCCCUGUUGUCAAGCCAGAUAGCUGGCUAGCUCCUGGCGUUAGCGCUCCCUGUUGUCAAGCGGGAUAGCUGGCUAGCUGCUGGCGUUAGCGCUCCCUGUUGUCAAGUGGGAUAGCUGGCUAGCUCCUGGCGUUAGCGCUCCCUGUUGUCAAGCGGGAUAGCUGGCUAGCUCCUGGCGUUAGUGCUCCCUGUUUGUGGGGGGUAUGCUUAAAGGGGGCAAUCUGCAGUUCAAACAAAAAACAAUUGACUAAUAGCGGAUUGCCCCUUUUUAAAGUAUUUGUUUUGUUUUAACGCGAUGAAAAUGGACAACAACCCCUUUCUACUUGUAUUAACUGUAACCGAUGGGGAACUAUCUUCUCCUGUUGAGCAGCACCACAGUCUGUUGAAUCAAUGUGGCGGUGACCUCGUGUGAUGCCUUUGCUGUUCUUCAUUUUGUGUAAUAAAUGUAACUACAUAUUUA